GCCUACCCUUGCAGCAGUGAUAAGGAAUGCGAAGUUGGAAGAUACUGUCACAGUCCCCACCAAGGAUCAUCAGCCUGCAUGGUGUGUCGGAGGAAAAAGAAGCGAUGCCAUAGAGAUGGCAUGUGUUGCCCUGGUACCCGAUGCAAUAAUGGCAUCUGCAUCCCAGUCACGGAGAGCAUCCUGACCCCUCAUAUUCCAGCUCUUGAUGGCACUCGGCAUAGAGAUCGGAACCAUGGUCACUAUUCCAACCAUGACCUGGGAUGGCAGAAUCUAGGAAGGCCUCACACCAAGAUGUCUCAUAUAAAAGGACAUGAAGGAGACCCCUGUCUGCGAUCAUCAGACUGCAUUGAUGGAUUUUGCUGUGCUCGCCACUUCUGGACCAAAAUCUGCAAACCAGUACUGCAUCAGGGGGAAGUCUGUACCAAACAACGCAAGAAAGGUUCUCAUGGGCUGGAGAUUUUCCAGAGGUGUGACUGUGCAAAGGGCCUGUCUUGCAAAGUGUGGAAAGAUGCUACCUACUCCUCCAAAGCCAGACUCCACGUGUGCCAGAAGAUCUGA